AUGGCUGAGACAGUGGUGCCAUCUGCGGGGAGAUGGAGCAUCCCGCUCUUUGCAGUGGACCUUGCCAAACUGGCGGACAACACGCUGCGUACCCCGAAAUGCUCCAGAUGCCGGAACCAUGGCUUCUUGGUGCCGGUCAAGGGCCAUUCGGGCAAAUGCAGCUGGAAGCACUGCACCUGCGAGAAGUGCUACUUAAUUACCGAGCGCCAGAAGAUCAUGGCCGCGCAGAAGGUGCUCAAGAAGCAAGGGGCAGAGGAGGAGGCCGAGGCAGCCCUGGGUGCGCCAGGGCCGCAAAGGCUUCCCGGGGCUGCGGUGGCAGCCGUGGCCACUAUACCUGCGGCCAUGGCCGCCACGGCGGCAGCGGCUGCCACGCCCGGCCCAGGCCUCCACCUGCUGCCGCCUCCGCUGGGGGCGGCCCGGGGCGUCGGCCUGGGCCUUGACGGCUGUGGGGCCCCUCGAUUUAUGCAGAGGCCGCCGAGAGGCCGCAGCCCCGGGCCCAGCGCCUUCCAGCCGGUGCUGAGCAAUCGCGGCCACGGCCGCGCAGGGCCGAGUGAUCACGCGGCCGCCUCAUGGAUGCCCAGCUGCGUGGUGCCCCCGCUGCCGCCAGAGCCCGUGGCCCGGCCCUUCCCCUGCCGUCCAGAGGUGCGCAGGCCGCUGCGGCCUGUGCCUACCUCACCAUUCGCCAACUUCCGCCAUCCUCUGAGCAUGAACUCCAGCUGUGUGGUGGGUACUGAGUACAUGGAGAGAGAGUCUUCCAAGCUGUACCCUAGCUGUUCCACCAUGCAUUCCUACUGCACCUUCUCUCUGGGUUACCAGGAUGCAUCCCCAGGCCUGGGGCUGUCCCCACAGAGGGGCUUCCGGCAUGUCUCUUGCAGCCACUUCCAUGGAGGAGGCUUGGUGUCUGAACCAGUGAGAGACUUCCAGCCAACCUACUACCCGCCGCCGCCGCCGCCGCCACCCCCACCUCAAGUGCCACCGCCCCCGUUCCUGCCACCAGGCUUUCUCUCUGCGCUCCACUUCCUCCCACCGCCUCCACCACCACCAUCACCACCGCCUUUCUCUCUGGCCAUCCUGUCUGAUACAGACAGGGAGAACACUGAUGACCAGGGUGCAGAAGCUCCCCAAAGGCCCAACCAGCCAUCCUCUCAGGAGAAGUCUGACUAAGCCCAGGUCACCCUCGGCCGUCAGGGGAGUCAGGGGUGUUAGAGCAAUGAUUUUCUUGUCUAUGUUCAUUGUUGUGUUGGAAAGAAGGAUAUUGAUAGGUUUAAGAGGACAGCUAAUUUCCACUCAAGAUGGAAGAUGAGUGAUUUGGAAGGUUGGCGUUGGAGAGAGGCAUGGAGGAAGAUAUAACUUGGGAGGGAGGGCCAGGACUCUGAGGAGUGGGGGUUGGUGAAGCUCACCGUUAGGAAUGAAUUUAGCCAUCCUGGGGGUAUACCCUUUAUGGGACUCCCCCAAAGGCAGCCUUUGAUUUCCUCAGGCUCCACUCAGGACAGAAGGCACCAUUUAUUUCAGUCUUCUGCCACCUUUUCCUGGUCCCCAGGGCUGGGACAUCACACACAUCAGUGUCCCAACCUAUGCAGAUGGCUAGUGCGAGCAGCCAGGACCGGGGUGCUGACAGCGGGUCUGCAGCGUCUCACAGUGUCCCACCUUACUCGGCCACUGGCCCUCACCUUCUUUAGUAGUUUGGCUAGCAAGCACCCUGACCACCGUGGAUGCUUCACUUUCCCUCCACGAAGCUUAAGCUGGCAUAGGCAUCAUUUCUGGUUUGAAAAAAAAUCUGUUCAAGUUUUACUAUUAGGUGUUUUAAAGUAGGCCACUUGUAAGUACUGAAGCAGUUCUCAGAGAAUAGAAUCGCCUGUUACAUCAGUAGUUUCCUUUCUGGGAACAGUUGACUGUUGAAAUAAA